AUGACUCCUGCUGUCUUCCUGACCAUCCUGUGCUUUGGAGUGGCCUCGGCGUCUCCAGUACUUGAUCCCAGUUUGGACACUGAAUGGCAAGUGUGGAAAACGAAAUACGAAAAAUCAUACAGCCAGGAAGAAGAAUUAUGGAGGAGACUAGUAUGGGAAGAAAACAUGAAGAUGGUCAAAAUGCACAAUGGUGAGGAUGCCCAGGGAAGGCAUGGUUUCACUAUGGAAAUGAAUGCCUUUGGUGACAUGACUGCUGAAGAAUACAGAAGCAUGAUGACUGACAUCCCAGUCCCAGCUGCCACGAAGGUGAAAAGUGAGCCAAAUACUCUGCUUGAUGAUCUACCCAAAUCUGAGGAUUGGACAAAGAAAGGCUUCGUGACUCCUGUGCGGAAACAGGGUCCGUGUGGCUCAUGCUGGGCUUUUGCUGCAACUGGAGCCAUAGAGGGACAGAUGUUCUGGAAAACUGGCAACCUGACCACUCUAAGUGUGCAGAACCUAGUGGACUGCUCUAAACCUCAAGGCAAUAAUGGCUGCAUGCAGGGUAACGCAUACCGUGCCUACAAGUAUGUCUUGCACAAUGGAGGUCUGGAGGCUGAGGAAACCUACCCAUAUGAGGCAAAAGAAGGACCCUGCAGGUACAAUCCUGAGAAUUCUAGAGCUUAUAUCACAGAAUUUGUGACCCUCCCAGCAAAUGAAGAUUACCUAAUGGUUGCUGUAGCAACGAUUGGGCCUGUCUCUGCUGCGGUUGAUGCUUCCCAUGAUUCUUUCAGGUUCUACAACGGAGGUAUUUAUCAUGAGCCAAAUUGCAGCAGUUAUGUGACCAAUCACGCAGUUCUGGUGGUUGGCUACGGCUUUGAGGGAAAUGAAACGGAUGGUAAUAACUACUGGCUGAUCAAGAACAGCUGGGGUGAAGGAUGGGGCAUAAACGGCUACAUGAAGAUUGCUAAAGAUCGAAACAACCACUGUGCGAUUGCUUCAUUCGCCAGCUUCCCCAACAUAUUCUGAGCAUUGGUGGUCACAAGGGAGGACUUGGCAGAAGAAGUAUCCAGCGGAGUGCCUUCCACUGCUGAAUGUGCUCAACAGCCGAGUUCCUGAAGAGCUACCCUGCAAUGUUGAUUCUGGGACCUGCUCACUCUAUUUCAGCAUUGCUGGCUACAGUAACCAAUGUGUCUUCAUGACUCCUGCAGCGACUUAAUUUUCAAUUCUAAUGGUUAUGCAAGUGGUGUGUGUCUUUAUAAAGAUUAAGUUCAAGUGUAA